UAGUCAUUGUUUUUUGUUUUGCUUUUGUUAAUUGUAAAUACAGUCUGUCUAUAAAUGAAUGUAGGAUCGUAGUAGGUAUUAAAAGUUUACUGCUUCUUUCCAGGAAACACGAACAAUGGUAAGUAUAUAAAAAAUUUGGUCUUACUAGUUGCCUGAAUAGAUAAAAAUUGGUACUUUUCAAAAACUUCAUAAAAAUAAAAUAAAUAAAAGCGGCAAAUUCAAAUUCCAGGACCACCUGAAAUCUAACACUCUUUUAUAAACAGUCCAUAUAAAAAAUGACAUCUUUUGAAUUUGAAUUUUCUUUUUGAUACUAUAUUCAAAUUUUUUGCUGCUCUUGCGGUUGUAAGAACAUUUCAAAUCCAACUUUUGUUACAAACAAUACUGAUUAUAUCGCACUGCUUUGUCCUGCAAAUAAAAUAUUCAUAAACCGAUGAGUGUUACGCCUAUUGAAGUUCAACCACCACCAUGGCAGGACGCAAAGUCAGAGGCAAAAUGUUGAUCGAAUUUAUCAAAAUGUUUUUUGCCCAAAGCUCAAUCCAUGGCUUUCCCCAUAUGUCAGCACGAAAACGCCACCCCAUCGAACUUAUAAUUUGGAUAGUGAUCGUUGGAGCUGCAAUAUAUGGAGCUGUGGUCCUUAGCAGUAUAACUUUGAGGCGUUAUACGGAAAAUCCAACUGUGAUUUCGAUGGAAAGGGACCGAUUUUCCUGGAACACCACUUUCCCAGCGGCUACAAUUUGCCCCACUUAUAAAAUAAACGAGCCUUUGCUUGAAUUGUACGUUCAAAGUUCGACAGAGAAGAAUAAGACGCUUUUGAGGGAGUUUUUGGUAACUUUAGCUGGAGCGACUUAUACGAACUUUGACACUGUUGUGGAAUAUGAGGGUAUAGCUGAGGAAAACUAUUUGGAUAUUUUGUUGGAUUUGCAGUUCGAGUUUAAACCAGCUGUUUCGAAUUCGGGUGGUAACGACAAAAUGUAUACUUUGCAGAAAAUUGUUUCCGAAAUGGGCAUUUGCUACAGUUUUAAUUCAAAAUUGGCUAUUUACAAUUCACCUGAUUACUGGGACGAAGGAAACUGGGAUUUGGUUGAAGGUAACGAAACUUUUUACGUAAAUCCACUAGAUGGUGAAGUUUUUGCAAAUGUUAUGAACAUGUCUACCGGUUUUGAUAUUUAUGUUCAUGGCCCAUAUGAAGUUGCCGAUAUUGCAAGUAAAAAAAUUACUUCACCAAAUGGCAAUUUCCUACAAAUGUCUUUAUCUGGUUUGACAAUUUUUAGCAGUGAGAAUAUUAAGUUCCUAACAAUCAAGCAACGAAAAUGUAGAUUUUACGACGAAAGCAAUUUGAAACACUCUCCUGCUUAUUCUUAUGUUUUGUGUCGAAUGGAAUGCAGGGCUGCGUUGGCCAAACGGUUGUGUGGUUGUGUUCCACACUUUUAUAGAAAAUUGGAAGGUGAAAAAAUAUGUAACGUCCCUGGCCUCCACUGUCUGGCAAAACACAAAGAAAAACUGAUCCUCCUCAAAGGCGAAUGUUCCUGUCUCCCCAACUGCGACGAAGUCAAUUACAUUAUCGAAGACAUGGACACCCGGGAAUGGUUUUUGGGCUCAAACCUGCAAUGGGGCCUUAAAGAAUACCCCAAAAUGCGUUUACGCCGUGACAUCAUUUUCGGUUUUUCCGACCUACUCGACUUGAACAGUUUACAUUGGCGGAAUGGCUGGCCUAUUUUUAGGCUGCAGUGUGUUGAGUUUUAUCGAAAUCGUGUAUUUUUUCACGUUGAGGCUUUACUGGUUUGUGAUUAAAUAUGGCAAAGAGACACGAGAGAGGUUCUGAAGAGGUGGUCCUGAAAAAAUAAACAGUGGGUAGAUCGUAUGUAAUUUUUUGCAGUGAUGUUUUUUUCAGGUGUUAGUGGGUGGUCGCAGUGACAUAUGUGAUGCAACAAUCUAAUGGACUAAUGUUUAUUUAACAAACUGACAGUAAUACGUCACACGCAACACAGCGAGACGCUUUCAGGCUACAGCACAACACACGUAGGAAAAUGCACCUGAAAUUUUCGUCUCGCACUAUAGAAAAUUAAAUCUGAAGAUUUCAUAAACAAAUUGAAUUCUUUGUUUAAACUUAAUGUCGACUUUAACUGUACACUCUGUUUCAUAAUUAUUUUAAUUGUACAUUUAAAAAUAAAUGUUCUUAAAUAAAAUUAUGUAAAAAAAUUGUAAAUACACAUGAAUGAACCAAACCUAACUGAAAGGAGCAGGUCGUCUUCUGGGUGUGAAAAUGAUGAUGUGUGACUGUGUCGAUAAAAAAAAAUACAAUUUGAGAAAAAAUUACCUCUAAAUUUGCCUACGAGUUUUUUUCAAAAUUUUAAAACUGCAUAAAAUAUAGUGAUCAGAAAGUAUGAAUGAA